CUCGAAAAAGGGAUCCUUACCUAUGUUACCUGGCACAGCUCUUUCCAAAAGCCAGAGUCCUUCUACUCCCGAGCAGAAGGAACUCAUGAUGAAGGAUGCAUUCCUGGUAUAUGGAGGUGAGGAAGUGCUGAAAGUGAUCGCUUACACUGAUGCGAGCUUCCAAACCGAUCGAGACGAUUACAAGUCACAAGCAGGGUAUGUGUUUUGCCUGAAUGGCGGAGCUUUUAGCUGGAAGAGUUCUAAACAGGACACAACCGCUGAGUCAACUACAAAGGAUGAGUACAUGGCUGCUGCUGGAGCAGCAAAGGAAGGUGUUUGGAUAAAGAAGUUCAUUUCUGAACUUGGAGUGGUUCCUAGCAUUAAUGACCCAAUCCCGUUGUUCUGCGACAACACUGGGGCCAUUGCACAGGAAAAGGAACCACGAUCUCACCAAAAGACCAAGCACAUUGUACGACGUUAUCACAUCAUAUGAAAAAUCGUAGACAUAGGUGAUGUGGAGAUUUGCAAAGUGGGAACAGACGACAACAUAGCCGACCCCCUGACCAAGCCCGUGGGAAAGCUAAAGCAUGAGGGUCACACUAGGUCAUUGGGCAUUGGACCGAUGCCAGAUUGGCCAUAGUGCAAGUGGGAGAUUGUUGGAGUUGGUGCCCUUAUGGCCAACUGAUGUUGUAAUAUCUUAGAUAUUUUCUAUCAUGUAAAGGCAGAUGCAUUAAGUUUACAAACAUCUCAUGCUAAUGUAAACUAUUAAUUGCAUUCCUAGAAUUAUAUUAUAAGAUGUUUAUUAGAAUGAGUCGUCUGAUGUUGAUGUUAGAAUAAGUGACCAACGCUAGAGGGGGGGUGAAUAGCGUUUGAUCGUAGAAAUCGCAGGAAUAAAAAAUUAAGAACGUGAAAAAAAUAAAGAGCGUAGAAAGCGUAAAGGGAGCACACCAAGAUUUAUACUGGUUCACCACAACGUGUGGCUAAUCCAGUCUCCCGAGAGACUCUCUCGAGCUACACUACUUCCGUUAAGCUUACGGGUGCUUAACAAACCGUUACAACCUGAGAACUCGAGUCCCAC